GUUACCAUGGCGACGCCAGAACACAAGAGAGCGGGAGACAGUUCUAAACUCACAGACACAGAAGAUGGUCACAAGGGAGAUGACUCCGCUGACAAACAAGACAGCUAUUCUCCCAGCAGAUCUGGCAAACCUAGCAGUGCCAAGUUGUCCCCAGCACUCAAACCUAGGGUGAGUCAUUCUGACCCUAACUCACCAAGACAUUGGCAGGGGAACACGAUGGCACCAAGAGAGACUGUUGAUUCUAAAAAGAGCAGUCCACCAAGAAAGACUGAAUUGGAUUUCAGGAUGACGUUGGGGUCAGAUCUGAAAGACCUUGAUAACCCGAUAGUGAAUGUCGCCCGGGAGAUGUGUGCCCUUAGCAAGAGUGUGGAGGGUUUCACCAAGGCAGGACAGGACAGAAUGAGCCAUGCAGAACUGCUGAAAACGGCCAAAUCUCUGGCCAAAUGUGGUCAAACCAUGAUUAAAUUCCUACAGGGAAUAGCCAGUCAUUGUUUGGACAAAAGAUUCAGCCAGGAUAUGUCUUACCAUAUUCACCAUGUUUCCAUGGCAACAGUGCAGCUUGACAUAAUAUCCAGUGUGUCCAUGACAUCAGCAGAUGACAGAUCUGCUGAAGAGAUGUUGAUGAAAACGACAAAGUCUCUAAUGUCAGCUGUUGCUGAGGGGCUGAAGUCAGCGGAGACAGCAUCUGUCAAGGGUCUUCAAGAGCCUUCCGCUGGUGCAGGAGAGUAUGUGAACGCAUUUAUCCUCGCUAUGGAGUGGAAGGAGAAGUGGGAACAGCAGCGCCACCUAGAGGCCACUAGUGAAGACAAGGACGAGCUGGGACUGCGUCGUGUUAAUCUUCAUAAUCCACCCAGCUUAGCAGAGCUUGUUUUGUACUGAACAUGUUAGCUGUUGUGUCCACUGGCUGGAUCUUCAGUCCACCAAGCUUAGUUGAGCUUGUCUUAUACUGAACAUGCUGGCUGUUGUGGCCACAGAAUCUGGCUGGAUCUACAGUUCACGCACCUUAGCUGAGCUUGUCUUGUACCGAACAUUAUUAUCUGUUUUGGCCACAGAAUCUUGAUGGAUCUACAGACCACACAGCUUAGCCGAGCUUGUCUUACGCUGAACAUGUUAGCUGUUGUGCCCACUGGCUGGAUCCACAGUACACCCAGCUUAGCUGAGCUUUUCUUGUACAGAACAUUAUUAUCUGUUGUGGCCACACAGUUUGGAUGGAUCUACAGUCCCCUCAGCUUAGCUGAGCUGUUUUUUUUUUAACAAGAUGUUAGCUGUUGUGGUGACAAUCUGGUAUAAAUUAGUUUGCAUUGGUCUAAUUGAGCUACAUCUAGGUUUUUAUGCAUUUAAUGGCUGUCUUGUUUAGAUUUUAUUUAUUUUCUUUAGUGGUAGUGGUAAUGUAAACUUACAGUGUUCAAUUUUUUACACUACAUGUUCACAGGUAAUUAGUUGAGCACAACGUUAAACCCCAAGCACUCACUCACUCACAGGUGAUUAUGAAUCUGUACUCUGGUGUGCUUUAAGGGGUGAUAAGUUCAGGGAGAAAUUUUAUUCAAGCAUUGCAUACCUGUUCAUUCCAUACACUGCGCUUGAGCAGACCAAUCCUAUGAGAGGUCAGACAAUUCAGGGUUGAAAAUUAAGACUUUUUAUCUCAAGACUAUUUGUUUUUUAUAAGAAAAAAGACAACUGUUUUGUUUGUGAAUGUGGCAGACUCCUGAUAGGCUGUAUAUUUUGAAUAUGUCAAGAUAUAACAGAAUGUCAAAGGGUUAGUUCCAACAGAUGUUUGUUGAUGUAAGACUUCAUUAUGGCAGGAGCCUCCGUGGACAAGGUAGGCAGAGCGCCAGCGCGGCACAACCAUCAAGGACCCUGGGAGGCAUUUUAUAUGCUAAGUUUAUGUUGUUAGGUAUUGUUGACCAUGUUAUGUAGUAUUUGUGGUAAUAACUGCUCAAGGCACAUCAGGUCAAUCACUUUGAGGUCAAACAUCAUAUCGACAGUAAUACAUACAAGUGUUUACGUCUGAUUUUUUAUUUUUCAAAUUUAUCAUUUGCUGGUUUUAUGAACUUUGUCCUUUUUGCAUUUUGUUUGAACUACAUGUUUUCAUGUAAUUGUUUGUUACUCUGAUUUUUAGGUGUGUUUGUGCAAUAUUUGGAUUCUUUAUAGACUUGUUCAUGUUGAAUGUGCAAGCCAAUGUAUUAGUCUGAAAUGAUUUAGACAUGCUUUGCAGCUGGAUAAUUUACUUUUCAUGGUUUUAUUUAUGCAAAAUUAUAAUGCUUCAAUCCUCGUCAUGCGACUGAAAAAUUGUUAAGGACGACGUUAAACCCCAAACAUUCAUGCAUUCAUUAUAAUGCCUCAUUGCCUUCAUUUUUUUUUUUUUUCAAUUGAAUCUGAUUUCAUAUUGUCAUCAUUAACACACAUAUGUCUACUUCCGUGUAUUUCAGUUUUGAAAUAUUCUGCCAGAUUUGGGACUAACAACUUUGUAUGGCUCGACCAUUUUACUGUAACUGUAAUGUUUGUUAUAUUCAGCUUCAUCCAUAAAUACAAUAUAUUUACAUUUUGACAGGUCAUCUACAGUAUGUAUACUUUACACAUGUAUGUAAAUAUUCAAAUAGGGAGUCUCACCAUCGCAGUCACACAGAGUUCAAGUCCAGCUCACACUGGCUUCCUUCUGACUGCACGUGGGAAGGUCUGUCAGCAACCUGCAGAUGGUAGUGGGCUUCUCCCUUGCUUUGCCCAGUUUCCUCCUACCAUAAUACUGGCCUCCUUUGUAUAAGUGAAAUA